GCAAGAGUGGAGACAACCCCACAGUGGUUGUGGAACUGCUUGUUUCAAGUAGCGGUUCAGAUAUUGCCAAGUCAUCGAUGAGCGUCAAUCUUUCGCCUGAGAAAUAUCUUCUGCGAGAUUCUGAACUGGGCAGCACAGGCUUGACUUUCAACCCGGCGAGCUCUAGACAUUCACUUAACUGCAAUCGUUAGGCAUCUCAGGAAAAAGCCAGAGCUAUGUCGCUUGCUUUGAGAUGGUCUUUCUCGGUCGAGAUGCGUGCUGAAAGCUCGGAGCCAUAUGAUAUGUCACCACUGCCAUAUCAGCUUGAGAUAAGGCCCUCGCUGAAUCUGCCGGGUCGAAUCCAGGGUUCGCUCGGCGUAUCAUCGUGGCUCAAGAAUGGUGGCAAAGUGGAAGAUGCACUCCUCGAAGAGCCACAACUAAUGCAUACGCUGCAACCAACAAGCAAGCAGCAAGCAUGCAACCCACGACACCAGCACAGCCCCUUGCACUCUGCCCCCCCUUCCCACACCUCACAACACCUAGCAUCACCGAACCCUCAUUCCAGCGCCGCACAACCCACAAAUACAUCAUUCCCAUCCCAAACAUGCUAAUCAAAUCACACAAACACCCCAGUCAAUCCAUCCAGCUCACCCUCACCCUCACCCUCACCCCUCCCGUCUCCUCAGA